GAGGCUGGCGGGAGGGCUGGGGGAAGGGACCCGGCCUGGAACAACUGCUGACUAAUCGGCAGGCGGGAUCACGCGCCUGUGUGUGCGCGCAGCGGGUUUCGGGCACGCAGGUCUCGGCCUGGAGCCGGCGGCCAGCCCACCGGGCGGGCCCCCACCUCGGUUUUCUAGGAAAACCCAGGCCCAAGAAAUUGAGUACUUUCCCUAAAGUUACAAAGCUGAAUUCGACCCAGACCCCGCGACUCCCCUCUCUGGGCACCACCCGGAAGCUUCUCCACUGUCCUUGACUUCCCAUUCUGUCCUCCAGGCUUCCCAGUAAGAGUUACAAGGUGGAUAGACACAAAAUUAGCAUGGCGGGCGAGGACUCUGAAGAACCCAGGGUCCAUGUGGGAGAAGUAGGAGUGUCACACCUGAGGAUGGGCGUGGUUUCACCGCUGAAGCUUAUGGCUGGCGGCUGGCAGAGAAGGGAGCAGGGACCCUGAUGUGUGGGUAGCCACCAGUUUCCCAUUUGAUGGAAAAAUCACCUUCAGAUAUGGUUGGAGGAGUGUUACCGCCUGCCUAUGAUGUUUGAGGCCCUAGUUUCUAUUCCUAUCGCCAAGAAAGAGAAGAGAUGGCCCAGAGGACUGGAGGCCCAGUUCCGUUUGUCCAUGGACCUGCCCCCUAGUGCCCAGGCAUGGAGUGGUUGUGAGAAGGUGCGAGAGGAAGCUUCAUUUUAGGUGACCCUGCCUCCAGCAUUGGGAAGCAAAUCCAGGUGCCUGUGUAUGGCUAGCAUACAGCCUCAGGAGCACCUUUGACCACCGGCAACCUAACUAUGCAUGCUUGGGAGGCCCGUGGCUCGCUGCCCCGGGCCCUGCCCCUUGCUUCCUCAGUCCUGGCACUGCUGCUGAGCUGCCUGUGGUUACUGGGGGCUGGCCCCAGCCUCAGAUUGGCUCCAGAGCUGCUAAUGGAACCCUGGCAGGUGCACCGGCUGCUGACCCACGCUCUGGGCCACACUGCACUGCCGGGCCUGCUCCUGAGCCUGCUGCUCCUGCCCACUCUGGGCUGCUGGCAGGAGCAGCAUCUGGGCACUCUGCGCUUCCUGUACAACUCCACCUUGCUUGCCCUGGCUACUGGGCUGCUGGCUGUGCUGCUGGCAGGCCUUGGGGUAUCCGGUGCAGCUGAAGGCUGUGGGUAUAUGCCUGUCCAUCUAGCCAUGCUGGCGGGACAGAGUCACUACCCUGGAUGGCCUCAGAGGACACUGCCACCAUGGCUGCUACCAUGGUUGCUGCUGGCCCUGACCCUGCUGCUCAGCUCUGAGCCACCCUUCCUGCAGCUCCUUUGUGGCCUUCUUGCUGGCCUAGCCUAUGCUACCGGGGCCUUCCGGUGGCUGGAGCUCUCAGAGCGGAGACUGCAGGUGUUACAGGACGGUGUCCUCUGCAGGACUCUGGCCCGGUGCUGGCCACUGAGGCUCCUCCCCACCCCAGGCAGUGUGGGUGAGCUGCCUGUCACUUAUCCUGCCGGAGUGAGGCCCGCCACCCCUAGACCACAUUCCCUGGCUUCCACAAACCCCUGGCCUCACAGUGAUGGCUCUGCUCAGCUCCCACCAGGCCCAGGGCCUGGACAGCAGCCGUGGAAGAACUCAGAGAGGGACUUGGCCUGGGCUGGGCCCAGCCUUGCAUCAUCAGGGCCGAUGUGGGAAGCCCUAGACGAACAGAUGCUACAGGAGGGGAUCCAGGCCUCACUUCUUGAUGUGUCAGCUCAGGGUUCCCAGAGCUCUCUGUGGUUGCCAAAGCCCUCUGUCUCUUCUCUAAGGCUGCAGCAGCUACAGCACAUGGGAUUCCCCACGGAGCAGGCUGCAGUGGCAUUGGCAGCUACAGGGCGUGUAGAGGGGGCAGUGUCACUGCUAGUGGAAGGGCUGGUGGACACUGAGGCCCUAGUGACUGAGGGGAGGAGUGCUCCUGCCCACUGCACGGGCGCUGGGGCCUCAUAGCCCAAGAAGAAAGUAGGCCUGGCCUCAGCCCUCGCCUUGGCUCUGAGGGCUUGGUGGGGCAUCCCUGAGCGCAUCCCUGGGGCAGGACUAGGCCCCAGGCCCCAGCAUGUUUCCCUGGGACUUUCUAAGAAUAAAGGCUGAUUUGCUUCUCA